AUGUCCCAAACCCAAGUAGCCACGGUGUCUGGUGCUGGAGUUGCAUCUGGCCCGCGUGGUGCUCCCGGUGCUCCUGGUGAUCCUGGUCCUCCUGAUGGUGGCCCCGGGCGCGCUCCUCCUGCACGUCAGAACAACGGUCCGGACUACAGCAAGAAGCCCAAUGUUCGUCCCCAGGGCGAUGAAUCCGUGCCCGAUGCCGAGUGGGCCAGAUGGCGUUUGUACAAACAGCGGCCCGAUAUUCGAGACAACUUCCCCGCCUAUUUCCCGGACAUGCGCAGGCAACUGCAUGAGAGAUGCGCGGCGCAGAACCGAGCAGCCGACGACCAGGCCACUGAUCCGCCAAGGUUCAAGAGGCGGUCCCUCAAGGAAUUGAAUGGACAUUACGAGCCGACGCAAUUAGGGUUCGCUUCUCUGACCACAUUCUACGACGAAGCCGACAGACUAAAUGCCAAGCUUUCCCGUCGAGAACGUCUCGACACUGAUGAAGAAGGAGACAAGAUUCCCUCACUCUGGUUCGAGAGAAUGGCCCACGACUUGUUCGCGCGAGUAUGGGAGUUCUCUUCCGAUACUUUUGGUCUUCAUUCAAUAACCGAAAGUCACAAUGAUAUGAACUGGACGCGCAGAUGGCUGCAUAAGCUACCUAGGGAGUUCGUGGACAUCGCAUCACAAGUUGCGAGAGGCGACCCUACCAUCGCCCCUCCCAAGGAGUCGGACCCCACUAACUGGGAAUACCUUUUUCUCGAUCAAAACUCCCGUGUCAAGCUCAUGGUCGGAAUCAUGGCCAAGUUACUCGAAAAGAAUGUGUUCAACUCUCUUCUGUUUGGAGCUAGGGAUGAAGAAAAGACAGCUUUGGAAUCCGAUGAUCGUGCCACAUCGUUCGUUGACAAUUCAUACCAGCGCAAUCGCAAUCGCUCAGCGACCGUCAGGACUUUUGUCCAAAGCACCCGGCCCCCUUUAGGCACUGGCCUUCCCGACCUCUUCACAGACAACUUCUGGGACGAAGUUGCGACUGUCACAAUGGGUAUCCUAGAUCUUCUACUUCCCUUCAUCAACAUAAUCGGAAAUGAUAUGCGACACGUCCCCUGGCCACCACUGAAACAGGUACACCAGCGGCUGCACGACAUCGUCGCUGAGGCCGCGUGGUUCACCAACGGCAUGCGCGCUACCAAAUCGGUCUUUUGGAUUGACUUUCCACUCCCAGGCGAGAUAAAUGAUAUUAAACAUGAACAUGCCAUCGAUGACAUCUGGAAUCGAUCCAAGGCUCGCGCCAUUGUGAGCGACUCUGCCGACUUACAACGAUGGCAGAAUGAGAGGGAUGCCGCGCUCGCUCAGCAGCACCCGGGCGUCCCAAUAACCGAGGCGCAUCGGGCAGCCUAUGCGGCCCAGAAGCCGCGUCCUAAUGUCCGCCGUACCGCCAAAGUCCAGGUUGCCAUGUGGCCCUUCAUCAAGCGUUACACCCCCGUGCGAGAGAGGGACGCAGGCGAUGGUGCUUACAACUCGGGCGAAAUCAUCACGGAGAUCAUGAAGUCGCAGACCGUCUACUACUAUGGAGAUGACUCGGACGAGGGCGACCUGAGGGAGCGACUGACGCUAAGGGAGCAUAUCGGUGACCGCCGCUGGGCGGAAUGGUUUUCCUGGCACUCCUUGCUGCUCCUCGCCUUGUUCGUGGUGCUGGUCUUUUUUCUCACAGCGCCGAAUUUGCGCCGAGAAAUGGAUUAUGAGCCCUGGUCCCUCAAAUCGACAUCACGUGGCUAUGAGUUCUCUGGGAGGAAAAAGUCUACGACGAAGACUAUCGUUGCUGUCCCCAUCGGGACUGAAAUCAUUGCAGAGACCAUCGUGGGGGCCGAAUCAGGGCCCACGAUCGUGGUCCCUGCUGAUGAUGUGCCCGGCACUGAGGCCAAGAAAGACGAGCCUUCCAAGUCACAGUCUGAAUCUCAUGUCUUAUCUGUCUCCAAGGUAACGGAAACGAUCAAAGAGACAAUGAUUCAAAGCAGUGACGUGCCGUCUCUAGAGGAGGCAAUAGAUGCGAAGACCGCGUCCACGGAGGGCGCGAAGGAUUUUAGCGAUCCUGACGCACUGAAAGAGGCCCAAGCCGGAUAUACCAAAGUGGUUUCGGAUUGGAUCAAAUCAGGUGCGGAAAUAGCUGAUGCCUCCCGUUCUUCUUCGUCCGAGCAAAGUAGUAUUGGCUCGAGCCCUGAGUCUGAAGGAGAUGCGGCCGACUCGCAAGAUUCCGAGUCUGGUCAGAGUAGCGUUGAUCCGAGUCUUUUGUCCGCCUUCUCGCCCUCUAAGGCCGAGCAGAAAAACAGGGAUGAGAGGAUCUCGUCUGAGAAAGAGGCGUCCUCCUCACGCUUUUCUGCGUCCGAGCAGAGCAGUAUUAGCUCGAGCCUUAAGUCCAAGCAGAGCAGCAUUGAUUCAAGCCUUGCGUCUGAAAGAGACGCGGUCGCCUCAAGCAUUGCGUCCAAACAGAGCAGCCUCGAUUCGAGCAUUGCGUCUGAAACGGAUGCGGUCGCCUCGAGUAUAGCAUCCGAGAAGCCUGAAGGGAACUUGCGACGAACCGCAUCCAACAAGGGCCGCAUUGGCUCGACCUUGAUGUCAGUCAAGGAUUCAGUCGCCUCGGGCAUCGCGUCUGCGAAGGAUGCAAUAGCCUCGGGCGUUGGGUACACAGAUGAAGCCCCCACCGCCAGUGAGGUCGAAGCCACUACUGAGUUCGAAGUCACUCCUGAGGUCGAAGUCACUCCUGAGGUCAGCAAGCCGGCGCAGGUGAAGAAGAAGGUGACCACCACUAUCACGGUGCAGGAAGACACGGUGGUAGAGGUAGUCACGGUCACAGCGCCGGCGAAACAGGCUCAAACAAGUAGUGUGGUCUACAAGGUCAAAGAGAAAGGUACCAAGCCCGUUGAUAUCUGA